AUUACAGUACUGUAAAAAAAACUGUCUCAGUGAACUUCUUAUGUUCAUAGCUUUCAGAAAAUUAGAAAACUCGAGGAAAAUUGUGCUACCUUUGUUAUUUUAUUUUUUUUCUAUAAUAAUAGCAAACUGUAAUGCAAAACCAGUCCAUUGUAUUAAAUGUAAGGUCUUGUAAUGUGUUUUUACCGAAUUAAAUGUGAAUUCGCGUUGUUGUCAACUGUUCAUUAGACGUUGUUCUUGGUAAUAUAAAUUAACAAUGAAUUAACAAUGUGAAAUUGACGUUCUUACGCUGAACGAAAUUUCCACAAAACUGGAAUCAAACAAGACAAUUGAUGUGGAAUAUCUGAAAGGGAAGAAAAUGUCGUCAGUUGGACAGCUAGUUCCGCAGGUGACCCGAGGCCCGCCCAAUAUGACAAUCAAAUUCAACGGGCCCCACAUUGAGGGGUCUUUUUGCACCUCAAUUGACUAUAAUUACGACCCUGUUAUAAGUGUCAUAUGUGCAAUGUAUAUUGCUUUCGGAAUUGUUUAUACACUGUUUGGUUACCGAUGCUUCAAAGCUAGUAUGUUCCUGACUGGUUUUACUUUUGGUUCUGCUAUCGUUUAUUUAAUAUGCCUACAGGAGUAUCUGAUGCCACCCUAUGGGAAUGUUGGUGUCGCAUUGUGCGCGGGUCUAUUAUUUGGCCUCAUUACAAUGUUGAUACAGUAUGUUGGACUCUUCAUGACUGGUUUCCACACUGGUCUCCUCCUGGCUAUCGCGGGCUUGGCCAUUUACGACCAUUUCCUCGAAAACCGACCUACUACCUAUUGGUUGUGCGUGGUGGUGUUGCUCGGCUCAGGGAUAUUUUUCGCCGUCAUCAAUUUAUAUUGGAAGAAAGUGCUCACGAUAUUCGGUACGAGUGUGUACGGGGGUGCUGUGAUAGCGACAUCUCUCGACUACUUCUUCGAAAGAAUGGUGAUGCUCAAAUGGUUGUGGGAACGAGCAAAACUUGAGCCAGUGGUGGUGCCGCCGUGUCGACUAUCCUGGUUGACGCUCGCCACGUGGCCUGCCGCCGCUAUCGUGGGCCUCACCGCCCAGUGUGCGCUCACGGCUACCGGCAUAUAUCAUGAACAGAGUAUAAGCGCACAGAAGCGUCGCCUGAAAGCGCAGCAGUCGCGGCCUGUCAGCCGAGAGCAACGCGCCGAAAUGAAACAGCGCAAGUACAGAUACCUGUACCAAGUGCGCACAGCGCACGGGGAUGUUAUCUCACAGUCGUACGUGCAAGCGCUGCAAAAGAAGGCGCAGUGCGGCAACUGGAGCGGAAGCGGUGGAUGCGGAGGAGGAGAAUGCAGCACGCUGCAGAGCGAUUCCACCCACCUGACCGUGCUGGCUGGCUCCGAACACGCGCCGCCCACUGACUCGGACGACGAUCUCAACCAGAUACGGGCCGUGCACUAGUUUAGCAGGCGGCGGUAUGAUUAUCAAAUGAAGGGGUGAGAGAAAUUGAUUUUCAUUCUAUAUGUAUCCAGUAUUUUAAGAGAAACCACUCAUAUUAUUAUUAUUAUUAUUACAUAUUAUUGGUAGUUAUUAUUAGUAAUCAUAUAUUUGUAUUCAAUGUGAAAUUAUAUUACAAUUAUACUUGGAAUUACGUAAGUAACGGAGUUCAAGGCCUAUGAUAUAUUUCGUUUAUAUUUAAGUAUUUAUAUUUGAGGUAUUGUAUAAUUUACUUGAAUGAAUGAUAUAGUACUACAGUGUAUCUGUUUAUGAGUAUUUCGAUUUACAGACAUCUCUUGUACUUUUGUGAAAAAUAUAAGAGUUUGUCUGUGAUAGUUCUGUCGAACAUUCCAAUGUUGUGAUGGUAAUGUGAAUGAUAAAUUGUAACUAGAACUGACACCGCCCCUCAAAAUAAAUAUAAGCCAUAAUCACUGCCACUAAAUAACUUACUCUUAUAAAAUUACGGUCUUGGACUCCCUGUCAUUGAGAUGGUUGUGUUGUUUAUUUGAACGAUGGUUAAUUUAUAACUUUAUAAGUAUAUACAUUUAUACUACGAAUUAAUUGUAUUGUAAUUGAUUAUUUGAUAAUCUGUAUGUUGUUACAUUGUAAUAAUUGCAAUUGGAAAUGAAAUGUAAUGUUGUAAUUUUGCAAAUUCUGUACCGAUAGUCAGUCAUAUGUCGAAUUCUUUUGACAAUACGGGUCUUAGACAAAAGUAUAAUUGGGGAUGUUAUAGUUGAAAAAAAAAAUAGUAUUUUUAAUAUGCAUCGGAUUCGAAUAGUGUUGUUCUUUAUUGAAUCAUUUUGAUAGUUAUUUUUUAAAUAGGUGUCACAAAAAAUAGAUUGAUGUUCGCUAUCGAAAGCUAGUUGCUUCUGCCGAUGUAGACGGAUUGUUGGUACAAAAAUAUGUAAGUACAGUUUAGGUGUAAGUGCACUCAGAGGCCGCACACACCUUCUCAUAUGUAACCCUCGUAGUUGAUUUAUCCAUGUAGCUUUACGAAUACAUAUUUCAUAUUAGCUGGUAAGA